AUGAUCAACAAGAUCCCAUUGGAGUCGGUCGCUUCAAUCACUUCCACUUCUUCAAUAUUUUCACCGGUUUCAGCUAUCAAAGAACUAAUAGAUAAUUCGGUAGAUGCUAAUGCAAAUUCAAUCUCUAUAGAUCUUGACACCAAAACUUGUGGAUUACAAUACAUUCAAUUAAAAGAUAAUGGUGAUGGAAUACCAAAAGAUGAUAGACAUUUCUUGUUCUUAAACCAUACAACUUCCAAGAUCUCAAAAGCUGAAGAUAUAUUCACCGUCAAUACUUUAGGUUUUAGAGGUGAAGCAUUAUAUUUUAUUAAUCAAUUAACUUUCCCCAAUGGCUCAAUUGAAAUAUCUACAAAGACAUCAAUUGAUAAAUUAGGUGAAUCUUGGAAAAUUGGUAAAGAUGGCGAACUACUAAAUUCAAGUUUGAAAAAAAUUUCAAUACCAAAUGGUACAAUUAUUAAAAUUCAAAAUAUUUUUAAAAAAAUUCCAGUUAGAUAUAAAAUAUUGAUUAAAAAUUCAAAAUUUCAUAAAGAUAAAAUAAAGCAAUUAAUUUGGCAAUAUUCUUUAAUCCAUCCAACUAUUAAAUUUCAUUUAAAAUUCAUAAAUUUUACACCAAAAGAUCGUCAAUCAUCAUCAAUAUCUUCACAAGAAAUUUAUCAUUCAAAAAACCCAUUACAAUCAAUUUCAAAACAUUUCAAUCAAUUGAAAUUUUUCCAUAAUUUAACAAUCAUAAACAAUUGGGAAAUUUCAAUUAUUUUACCAAAGAUGGAUACAGGCCACCAUACAAAUCUUCCAUUAAAAUUAAUAUCAAUAAAUAAAAGAUUAAUAACUUUAUCAAUGUUUAAGAAGCUAAACAAGAUUUUAAAUAAUGUUUAUGAAUCUUUAAAAUUGUUUAAACCUUUAGUAUGGGUCAUUCAAUUAACUAAUCAUAAUGAUAAAAUUGAUGUUAAUAUUGAACCUGAAAAAAAUGAUGUUUUGAUCAUAAAUGAAUUGGAUUUUUUAGAAUCUUUAGAGAAUUUCUUACUUAAAUGUGUUGUGGAAGGUCAUGGUUUAAUUGAAAAUGUUGAUGAGAGUGGAAAAGAGAGUGAUGAAGAUGAAAUUAAUAAAGAAAAGAUGGUAGAGACUGAUAAUUUGAUUAAUAAAGAAAAGGAAGUUGAAGCUGAAAAUAUAGAUCAAAUUGAAGUUCAAAAUCAUGACAAUAUGAGAGAUCAAUAUGUCGAAAUCAAUAAAGUUGGUAUCAAUCCUAAUCAUAAUUCACUUGAUAUAACAAAUGAUACAAUUGAUUGGUCACAUAAUAUGCAUGAUAAUUUAUCCUCAAGAUCAAAUACAAGAACAAAUACAAUUGAAAGUUUACCAAAAUCUGAUAACCAAGAAGAAGAAGAAGAAGAAGAAGAGGAUGAAGAAUCUUUUAAAAUUGCAAAAGAUACAACAAUUUCAAACCCUUUCACAUUAACAAAUUUACGUUAUAAUUCAUCAAAUAAAUCUUCAAUAAAUCAUUUACCAACUCCAGAUAAUUCAAUUGAUGAAAUUAAAAAUAAUAAACCAACUUUCAAAUUACCAAAUCCUCCAAAAUUACUACAGACUAAAACUACACACCCAGUUACUCAACAAAUAUUGCAAACAAAAAGAUAUAAAUUAUCCUCUUUCCAAUAUUUACAAAGUUUCCAUUUGAAAAUAAUCCCCAAGCUUGAUGAAUUCAUACUUAAUGAAGAUUAUCAAAUCAAUUCAAAUAAUGAUAUUUCCUCAAAUAUCUUAAAUUUUGUUAAACAACAUGAAAGUACAAAUUUUGAAAUCCUAAUAGAUGAAGCUGGUUUGUUGAAGAUCAAGCCAAAAGAACUACAAUUAACAGAAACGAAGAAUUGA